GGAGGCGGCCGGCGGCGGAGUGCUGGCUGUAACUUGACACCGGGGCGAGAGGCCGAGUGGAGAGAGCGAGCGAGAGCAGCGGCGGAGGAGGAGGAGGAGAGGAGCCCCAGGGAGCGGGAUGGUGACCACCUCCUUCCCCUCCCCUUAGGGGCGCUCCGCAGCAGCAGCAGCAGCAGCUGCAGCCACUGCAGCGCCGGCGACUCUCGCCUGCCGCGGAGCCGGCGAUGGGGACGGGACGGGUCCCCUGAGCUGCCGGGAACUUUCCCCGCCGCGGGCAGCCGGAGCCGGGCAGGCGGAUGGAGGAUGCGCUUCCCCCGGCGGGCUGUGUGAGCCGGCAGCGGCGAAGGGGAGGAUGAAGAAGAAGCAGCAGCACGGCGGCGGGGACUGCCCGGUGCCCCGGCCCCCCGUGGCGGCGGCGGCGGCGGCGGCGACGGGAGGGGGCCCGGGCCAGGGCGGGGGCUUGAAGAGGCGGCGGCCCCUCUCGCUGCUGCCCUUCCUCUCGCUGCGCGACUACGGCUUCUGCAUGGCCGCCCUGCUGCUCUUCUGUUUGGGCUCCCUCUUCUACCAGCUCAACGGAGGCCCCCCGCACUUUCUGCUGGACCUGCGGCACUAUCUGGGAAAUUCCACUUAUUUGGAUGACCAUGGACCACCCCCUCAAAAGGUACUUCCUUUCCCCAGUCAGGUGGUCUACAACAGAGUGGGAAAGUGUGGGAGUCGAACUGUGGUUUUACUUUUGAGAAUUUUAUCAGAGAAACAUGGAUUCAAUCUGGUUACAUCUGACAUUCAUAACAAAACAAGACUGACCAAAAAUGAACAGAUGGAAUUGAUUAAAAACAUAAGCACUGCUGAGCAGCCCUAUUUAUUCACUAGACAUGUUCAUUUCCUCAACUUCUCAAGGUUUGGAGGAGACCAGCCGGUGUACAUCAAUAUUAUUAGAGAUCCUGUCAAUCGAUUCCUAUCCAAUUAUUUUUUUCGACGAUUCGGAGACUGGAGGGGAGAACAGAAUCACAUGAUCCGUACCCCCAGCAUGAGGCAGGAGGAAAGAUAUCUGGACAUUAAUGUAUGUAUCCUUGAAAACUACCCUGAAUGUUCCAAUCCCAGGUUAUUUUACAUCAUACCAUAUUUCUGUGGACAGCAUCCAAGAUGCAGGGAGCCUGGUGAAUGGGCCCUUGAAAGAGCAAAGCUGAACGUUAAUGAAAAUUUUCUGCUUGUGGGCAUUCUGGAGGAGUUGGAGGAUGUGCUGCUUUUAUUAGAAAGAUUCUUACCUCAUUAUUUCAAGGAUGUGCUUAGCAUCUACAAAAACCCAGAACAUAGGAAACUUGGCAAUCUGACUGUGACAGUGAAAAAAACCGUCCCCUCUCCAGAAGCAAUACAGAUCCUCUACCAACGCAUGAGAUAUGAAUACGAGUUUUAUUACUAUGUCAAAGAACAGUUCCACCUGCUAAAGCGCAAGUUUGGACUGAAGUCUCAUAUCAGGAAACCGCGUCCCAGACCUGAGUUCUUCAUUCCUUCUCCCCUGGAAACAGAGGAACCGAUAGAUGACGAAGAAGAAGAUGAUGAAAAAUGGCUAGAGGAUAUCUAUAAAAGGUGAUGGAUGGAAGAGCUAUCCUUUAUCUUCUGGUCACCCCUCCAGCUUUCUUAAGAUUUUUUUAAUUAUUAUUAAAAGUAACUCCUUAAGGGACUGAAUUAAUGCGCAGCAGAUUUGAAAUGGAACAGAAGAGACCAUUCCCACAUUCUGGAGCCAUUGGGAGAUACCUGGUUUUGCAGGUUUGAUUCAUUAUAUGGCGUUGGCUUUAUAGCAUCCUUGCUAUAGCAUAGUUCAAGAGGGAAGUACCUACCGUCUAUCACAAAAUAACUUUUGGAAUACACAAUAGUCCUUUGGGAAGCUGAAAAAUAUAAAAGAAUAGAUUAGGCAGUCUUGAAAAGUAAAUUUUAUGGAUUCUUGUCUCUCUCUUUGUCCAGAAACAGGUCUCCAUUGCAUACCACUGUGGCAUUAACUACCAGCUAUGUGAGCUACAGCCAGUAAGCCAUUUGGGAAGAGUGCCUCUUUCUAUCCAAAGCACACUGGUAUCCUAGUGGUAUGAUCAGAGCCAUUGCUUUAUCUGUGCACAUCCAAGGAUACUAGGCUCAGAAAGGGGCUUUGUAAUGGCCUCUUAAAUUACCCUGUGCAGGAGGAACGAGGCUGCUAUUCUGGCAAAUCAAUACUAUUGGGUGUAAGGCAAGUUACAGGAACCAGAUAUUUUUGGUAAACCCUUCUAGGGUUUCUCCCCUUAGAGGGGGAAAAGUUACCAGGCUAGUGAAUGGCAACAACAAAUCAAAAGUGCCAGGCAGGGUUACCUAAAUGGUAGAGUUUUGUUUCAGCAGUUGAGUAUAUUUCUAUUAGACUCUAAAGGAGAAGGUGCAGCAUAUGGUUUUUAUGUUCAGGAAUGGUAUUUUUAUAUUUUUGUUUCUUCUUAUGAGUCACAAAUCCAAAGAUAUAUAGAGAAAGUUGUUAAAAAACUUAGAUGAUCUGUAACCCUUAUUAAGCAUGACCUGUAUUUCUGCAACUGCGGAAUUUAGUUGUUCACAUCUGAAGCUGAAUGCAGCUGCCCCACCAGUGCAAACACCAAACUCCUGCUUUUAGCAUGGCUAGAAGGAAAAUUAACAAUAUGAACAUACACAGCUUCUUCAGUUGAAAUAUUUCAGAAUCAUAAAACAAAGAAAGGAAGAUAUACUCUGUGAAACCAAAGCUGAUUCAAUGACAGGUUGUUAAGAGAGUCACUGUGAAAGUUGCCCUUGUUAAUCACUACAAGCAUUAUCUACCAACACUGGAAAGGAGAUCAGUGGAAGCUGGGAGGGGAAAGAGAAAUAGCUCCAAUGUGUUGUCUUUAAGGCGGGUGUCCCCAGGGUGGGGUUCUCUGUGACGUGCGCGCUUGCCACCUAUUUGGCAGCCUGCCAGGAGUGGUGGUGCAGAAGUGACAGACCUGCAGGCAGCCCUGGGCAGAGCUCUUUGGCCAUCUGCUCCAUAGCAGAAUAGAGGGGAGUUUGGCGUCUUGAUGAGGCCUUGGCCUCUUGUGCACUGUUGUUGCCAGAGGAAGCUGGACUAACAGAGGAUAAUAGCAAUAAAAUCGUGUCCCUAGAGCACAGGAAAGAAGCAGAGAUGAAGAGAUGCAGCUGCUUGCCAGGAUGAGGACAACCCACCUCUGUCUAUCUCAUAUCCUUUCUCAAACAUCUACAGAGCAAUUUUUGCUUCCGAUUCUGCAGCUGCCAUCGGCAAGAUCAUACUUCAGCUUGCAAUAACAGGCAAAAGUUAUUUUGUGAUGGAUGAAGCAUAUAAACUCAGGAUAAGCUCAAAUGUGCUUUCCAAGGGUUUCCUCUUCCAUGAGCCUGCUGACAGCCAAUAAACAUUAUGGUCCAUCAUCUUUACCAGUCAGUCUUUACCUACACACAGAGAAUGAAAAUAAAGAAGUGUAGUUGUGUUAAGACAAGAUGCUAACUUACAGAAAAUAUUAGGAAGAAGAUUCUCUUCUCACAGUUAACAUCCCAGGUUGGUGGUAGCAAUGCACUACUGUGGGGGAGCAUGUAAAGAAAGCUGAAAAUGGCACAGAUAAUAACUAACAUAUUAGCUAAAAUAUGAAUCUGCUGCAUUGUAUAUUUUAAGUGGUUUCUAUGAAAUUACAUUGAAAGAGUAAUGAUUAGUGUACACACUGUGGAGUUGUUAUAUUUUGGAAAGAAAACUAGUAUUCUCAUGUUUCUGAAAUUCUGUUUGAAUCCUUUUUUUGCCAAUGUUUUAACAGAAUAUAGUCACUUAACACAUUCACCCUUCCUGCAAGUUCACUGCUCCUUACAGUAAAGUCUGUUUUUAUCUGUUUAUUUAAUGGUAUCUUCAACCAUCACUACUUAUAUUCUCAAUACAAAACCUGUUUAAUGAUUUACUCGCUAGGUUUUAAUGUUGUUGUAUUUUUCGUAACAGUCAACCUGGCCUCUCCUUGAAUGGUACUUCUUAAGUUUAUCUGGCACAUAGCUUCUAAUAUUCCUGGUCCUGUGGCCUAUUUCUCUGUCAUUAAAUAUAUUUUAUAACAGGUACAUUUUAAACUGGUUAAUCUUUGAUUUAUUUAUUGAAACUUUUCAGCACAUUCCAAAUUCUAAGUUGCUCAGGAAGAAGUUGAUUUAAAUGAUUAUAUUUUGAUCUGAUGAAUAUUUCUUAUUCAAAAAAAAAAACCAUUGUUUGCAAGCCUUUAGCCUGUGACAGUUUUGUAGGAAGUGCCAUGCAUGUACUUGUAGAUCUUUGUGGGGAGGAAAAAGGUGGAUGCUCGACACUUAUAAAAAUAAGAAAAUAUAUGUGUACAUUAGCUUAGCUAUAAAUGAAAGCAACAUAUGUUUUGGGAUGAAAUCUUCUUUAACUUAUUCACUACUAUCUUCUGAAAUAUCAGUAAGCCAUAUGACUCUCUAUUUUUCAGUCCAGUGAUGUUUAAAAAUAAAACUUGCACAUUUCUUCCUGGCGCCAUAGUCCACUUGCUUGCACUAGUUUUCCUGCCUGGGUACAGCAGCUGAGGGUAAGACAUUGGAGUUGCACCCAGCAGAACAGUGUUGGAGAUGGCACAGUGUAUCAUCAAGUACGCUAAAGUCAUACUUUAGCAGUGAGACUGGGACAGGUUGCUCCCAGGUUAAUUCUAUUUCUCAAACUAUCUGGAGGUGUGAAAGUGAAGUCAGAAUUAUUUUACUUACUUGGGAUAUGCAGCCAUGACCCUGAAAUACCUUGUCUGUGUUCUGUGGCUGCUAAGUAGAAAGAAGCUUUAUCCUGGGGAGAGACAACUUAGUCCCUAUGCACUGCUUCUUACUAGAUGUGGUGUUUGAUGGCCAGGCAUAAAAGCUCCAGUAGUCAGAGUGAUGUUAUAAUGUAAGUGAAGCAUCAGUGCCUUCACAAUAAAGAGAGAAUCAACCAUUGUUAAAAUGCAGCAAUCUGGAAAAAAUAAAUUUUAGUCUUAA